AUGGAUAAUUCGAACCAAACGCCCCCUAAAUCUCUUGAUCCACCAAAGCUGGAGCCAGAACCUGAGUCCGAGCCCGUGCCCAAGCCCAAGCCCAAGCCCAAGUCCAAGUCCAAGCCCAAGGCUGAAGCACCGGAAAAGCCUCCUGAACCACCGAGUCCACCGUCGCCUCCUCCCCCCGUGGUUGUUGUUGAGGUUGUUGUUGAGGUUCCUCCGCCUCAAUACAAUUCGGCCCCACCUAGACUGUCACUUAAAUCAGCUCCCCCAGCACCUUAUGAGGAGUAUGGAGAGGGACCAUGUGGUCAAAAUUAUGGAGGAGCACCGCAGCCGUGGUAUGAUGGCUGUGGAAGAUCGCCACUGCAGUGGUACAGUGGAUAUGGAAGACCAAGUUACUUGAGCGAAGAGGACCCAAAUUCAUGCAUCAUCAUGUAA